UUGUCCGAAAAGUUCCACUCACUUGAGUGGAGGUCAACAAGUAAGAAAGUAGUGGUAUAGUAUAAAUAAGAAUUAGAGUAACGUGUAGUAUAUAGUACCUAACUGGAGACGCAGUCGUAUCUUACUUGAACAUAGAGCUUUGUGAGUACGGUUACGUAAUGACGUCUCAGAGUUCCAAUUUCCCAUAAUGCAUCGAGGAAACGUUUUGAUCGAAUUCUCUUCAUGAAAUCGGGGAGGGUGCUCAACGCUAUGAAGCGGAGAGAAACGACUGUCGAAUCUUCAUUACCAAUUGAAAUCAUUUAUAAAUUCCGAAGCUAAGGAUCACGUUAGAACAUGCUGUUCUACGUUUUGAACGUCCAGAAAGGUCUGUGAGUUUCUGCAUUGUACGUACCAUUGUAUUCGGAGGAUUUUUCCCCCGUCGGCCGAUUCGCACCGAGCAGGCAAUGACAACGGCCUCAGCAACCCCGCAGCAGAUGAGAGACCGGCUGCUGCAGGCCAUCGAUAGCCAGAGCAAUAUCUGUAACAUGGUUGCAGUACUUGAUGUGAUCAGCAAUUUGGAGAAAUACCCAAUCACCAAAGAAGCACUUGAGGAAACUCGCCUAGGAAAACUUAUAAAUGAUGUAAGGAAAAAGACAAACAAUGAAGACCUUGCAAAGCGUGCCAAGAAACUCCUUCGAAACUGGCAAAAGUUAAUUGAGCCUAGCCAGAGUGAUACUCUAUCUCGAGGACUGCAGAGUGGCCCAGGAUCUGCCAAUGGUGGUUCUCAUCUCUGCCGCACAGACCUAUCUGCACCACAACCAGCUAAGAUUGCUCCAGAGCUUAAAACCAGACAUGACAUCCACAAUACUAACUCACCUAUGGCAGAAAAGUCAAAAACCCGAAAACACAGGGACCAAAGGGAUAUUCAGAAUCUGCCAACUAAAGUGUAUAAAACAUUCACACCUGGAAAUAUGUUUUCUUCUACUCCACUGUUAAAUGGUCUUAGUGGCAGCCCUGAGUCUCUCCUCGAAAAACAAGAUGAUGCACCUUCUGAUAGUAACCAACAAGAGCAUUUUGAGAAUGACAGACAAAACAAAAUCCCAGUCAAUGCUGUUAAGCCUCAUCCAAGCUCCCCUGGCCUUACCAAACUUCCUAGCACUUCUUCCUUACUUAAAACUUCAGUGUUACAGCAGCAAACAAGAAUAGUUGGAGAUGGACCUGAGAAACAUCAACUCAGUAGCCCCCAAAUAUCAUCAUUAAGUCCUUGUAAUGUCACACAAGAUACAGUGACUAAGAGGUCUUCAGCAUAUGCACCGAAAGGGACUCUCCUGAGCCCAUCUCAGAAUUCUGCCCAAGUGCCCUCUCUUCUGCCUUUAACAUCCCCAACGCAAGUGUCUCAUGCUGACAGUCACUCACCUCUUGAGCUGGAGGAAUUUGUGUCCCUACACAGAUCAACAGAGAGAAGCUCUCAGUCCCUGUAUGGCAGUACAACACAUGAACCUUCAGAGCUGCACAGGCACAAUUUCUCAUUUGAGGCCAGUAAGGUUGAACCAGAAGGACUAACCUCUAACAAAAAAAGAAAGAAGUACAGGUCCAGAGACUAUACGGUAAAUCUUCAAGGACAGGUCUCAGAGGACAGGACAAAGCCUGUGCGAUUAAAAGAACGCAGAUUGACAUUUGACCCAGUGACCGGACAAAUCAAGCCACUCACACCAAAGGAAUCUCACCACGAGGAGGAGUGCCAGAGACCACCAAUUUUUGAAACUGCAAGGACGGAGUUACCUCAGCAGAGGCAACUUGUAACAGCACCCAGUCCUUUCCAGCAGACAAACUGGAAAGAGCUGUCCAGAAAUGAAAUUAUUCAAUCUUACCUUAGCCUUCAGAGCAAUGUUCUAACUUCAUCUGGAGCACAGACCCAUGGAGCACAUUUUUUCAUGACUGAAUAUUUGAAACGAGAGGAGGGUGAUGUUCGGGAACCGAGAAAGACCCAUGUUUUAGUACCAAGUGGCUCUAACUCAGAACUCCCUGGGGUAAGUCGUGAGGUGACACUUGAGGACCUACACAGAAUACAUACGGAGCACUGGCCAGGGGUAAAUGGUUGUUAUGAUACCAAGGACAACUGGUAUGAUUGGACAGAGUGUAUAUCUUUGGAUUCUCAUGGUGAUGAGACCAAAUUAAAUAUCCUGCCAUAUGUCUACUUAGACUGAGAAAACAGCAGCUCUCAUUGCUUUGCAUACAGAUUAUCACCCCCACUGUGAGUUUAGUAACAGAUGUUCUGUCCUUAAUUUUCCAUACUUACAUAUGUUUUCUGUUAGGUCACAUGAAAAGGGGGCUUUUUAAAAUAAAAAAAUAUAAAAUAUGUCCUGUUUGUAAUGUGCUGCUACCAACAAUAAUUUGCAAAGAAGAGUUGUAAAUAAUAGCUUAAUGAUAUUUUCUGGGCAAGUUACUGCACAAUGUGUGUAUAGGAGGAGUCAGAGCAAGCACUAAGCAGUGCAGAUAGGGUUGUGAAAGCAAGACAAAAACUUGUUUGGUAGUUACAAAGAGCUUUAUGUGACAAAGAAUAAAUUAUACUUUUUUAUCUUGUAUGAAUCUAUUUAUUUGACUUUUGUUUUCCUUAUCAGCCAAGAUGUACAAAUGACCAUUGAGGUUCCUCAAUUUUUGAAUCACACAUUAGUCCUGUUAUUUGCAAGGUACAAGAGGUGUAUACAGUUUUCUGUCUUUUUGUGCUAAUUAUGGUAGCCAUCAACAUUCCAUACCUUAUUCUAUACAUUUUUCUCAUUUUCUCACUUUUGUACAUGAUUUUUAGGAGACAAUGGCAAUCUAUUUUAUUUGACAAAAUAUGAAAAGUCUCUUCUUAAAUAAUUGUGCAUUUUGUAAUAGGUACAUUUUUCAAUGUCAUUCUAUUUCAUGCCCCCUGAAAAAGCACCCAAUGCAGAGAAUGGCAAAAGAGGGUGCUACUCCACAUCUUAUACUGUGAGGACAGGCAAGCAGGAAAAUUGUAAAAUGCUAAAAUUAUACUUUCCUUUACAUUAGAUGUUGAUUGCCUUACUGGACAAAAAACUUUUUUCAAAAAAAAAUUUGAUUUAUAUAAUUUUUUUUGUUUGUCAACCUGCCAACCUCCUCACACAAUUGCUGCAUUAUUGCUCUAUGUCUGUACAUAGUUUUUACAUUCUUACAGUCCAUGUAAGACCUAAGUGUUAGUUUGUUUAGGAGCACGCUUUGUAAAACAUGCUUUUUAAAUGAAAGAGAUGGUGCUUUGUUUUGCAGAUCAUUUAGAUUAAUUACCAGUAGGUCCAUAGGGGAUGUGAUCAUGUUACAUACAUUUUUUGACACACAGUGGAUGUGGUCAUGCCCCCCCAUCCUCUCAUCCUAUCCCACCAAAAUGUUUACUGUUGAUAUCUUGCCAUUAAUUCUGAAAACAAAACAUUUUGUGAAGGUGGUGAAGUUAAUUUGCUGCUGACUUGUAAACACUGUGCUCUGCUACCUUCGUCCUACCAAUGUGCCUUUGAUAUAAAAAAUGUUUUGAAUGGCUUCCUGUAGCUUCACUUGCUCAAAAACCAACAUACUUUCUUAAAACCAUGUCAGAUAUUGCAGGGAUAUGUGUUGUGUUUGAAGCAGUGGCCAUCUAAUGAGCUCAGCCCUUGUUGAAGGGUACUGCGAAUUUGCAAUAAAAUCAGAGGCCAAAUUAUUUUGAUCUGGUCAUUUGAUUAGUACUUUUGUUCAGUGUUCAACAUGACUCAUUUGUUCAAAAUAAAUGAAUUGAUUUGAAACCUU